CCACUUGUCCGCCAUUGUUGAUUAUCACAUGCUUAUCGCUGAAAAAAUGCUCUAUACGAAAUGAACGAAAAUAAUUUUUUUAAAAACUUUUCAGGUUCAAUUUAUUCAUGACAUGCAAAUAUUAAUUUAGUUUAGAUAUCGGUACAUUAGUUUUCAAUUUUAAUGUCGUUAAUUUUUCUUUUAAAAGUGAUAUUAAUCGGUAGUGUUGAAAACUAACCUUGUCAAAGUUUUAUGAUUUUGACGUUAGUUCGAUAUGGCGGUGUUUUUUUAGCGGAUGUGUGCGUUAAAAGUUUUUGUGUUUUUAGUGUUGUUUUUGUUUUUUUUUUUUUUUAAAUAUUAAAUAGUGUUCGAAUUUUUUUGAUAAUGGAGGCAAGUGCGAGUACCGGGACUCGUGCGACGCGUUUUAUGAUGGAAGGUGUUGGUGCUCGUGUUAUUCGAGGACCAGAAUGGAAAUGGGGAAAACAGGAUGGGGGUGAAGGCCACGUGGGAACGGUGCGAAAUUUUGAAUCUCCAGAAGAAGUGGUGGUAGUUUGGGAUAAUGGAACAGCAGCUAAUUAUCGUUGUUCAGGAGCAUAUGAUUUGAGAAUUUUAGACUCAGCUCCAACUGGUGUCAAGCAUGAUGGCACCAUGUGCGACACAUGUCGUCAACAACCAAUUUUUGGCAUACGAUGGAAAUGUGCCGAAUGUGGAAAUUAUGAUUUGUGUUCAAUAUGCUAUCAUGGUGACAAACAUCAUUUAAGGCAUAGAUUUUAUCGAAUCGCUACUCCUGGUAGUGAACGAGUACUUCUCGAACCACGGAGAAAAAGUAAAAAGAUUGCUAUUCGAGGAAUAUUCCCUAGUGCUCGUGUAGUACGGGGAGUUGAUUGGCAAUGGGAAGAUCAGGACGGUGGAAAUGGUCGUCGCGGUAAAGUAAAUGAAGUUCAAGAUUGGUCUGCUGCCAGUCCACGUUCAGCAGCCUAUGUAAUUUGGGACAAUGGUGCAAAAAAUUUAUAUCGCGUUGGCUUCGAAGGAAUGGCUGACUUAAAGGUCGUAAGCGAUGCAAAAGGUCAAACUGUAUAUAGGGAUCAUUUACCUCUAUUGGGCGAACAAGGUCCAGGACGAACGGGCCCUCAUGGUUUGCAGAUUGGUGAUCAAGUAAAUGUUGAUUUAGAAUUAGAAAUUGUUCAAUCACUGCAACACGGACAUGGCGGUUGGACAGAUGGAAUGUUUGAGUGCCUGGGUACCACUGGGACUGUUGUCGGUAUUGAUGAGGAUCAUGAUAUUGUUGUUUCAUAUCCUAGUGGUAAUCGAUGGACAUUUAAUCCUGCCGUGUUAACCAAAGUUCAAAUACCAGUGCCUGUAACCAAUUCCAAUACCGAUAAUCAAACUUUUGCUGUUGGCGAUUUAGUGCAAAUCUGCAAUGAUAUAGAGAAAAUUAAAUUGCUACAACGUGGACAUGGAGAAUGGGCCGAAGCCAUGGCACCAACUCUUGGCAAAAUUGGAAGAGUACAGCAAAUUUACCACGAUGGUGAUCUCAAAGUUGAUGUUUGUAGUACAGCUUGGACUUACAAUCCUCAAGCUGUAACUAAAGUUGCGAGUAGCGAUGGCAGUGUACCAGGAAAUAGUAGCGGAGAACGCUUAUCAGCCUUAUUAAAAAAAUUGUUUGAAACCCACGUUUCUGGAGAUGUUAAUGAAGAGCUGGUAAAAACAGCAGCAAAUGGUGAUGCGACAAAAUGUGAAGAGUGUCUAAAACGACCAGAGGCUGAUGUGAAUGGUGUAUUUGCUGGUCAUACGGCACUACAAGCUGCAAGUCAAAAUGGUCAUUUAGAAGUAAUAAAAAUUUUACUUCGCUACAAAGCCGAUGUCGAAAUUGAAGACAAAGACGGUGAUAGAGCGGUUCAUCACGCUGCUUUUGGCGAUGAGCCCGGUGUAAUGGCUCUACUUGCCGGUGCAGGAGCAGAUCUCAAUGUACGAAACAAAAGACGACAAACAGCUCUUCAUAUCGCGGUUAAUCGAGGCCACGUUGGUGUUGUGAGGACUUUACUUGAAUUGGGCUGUCAUCCUAGUCUUCAGGACUCCGAAGGAGACACUCCGCUGCACGACGCAAUCUCCAAGAAACGAGAUGACAUGCUGGCUCUGUUGUUGGACCAUGCAGCAGACAUCACCCUUACAAACAACAAUGGCUUCAACGCUCUGCACCACGCCGCACUUCGUGGAAAUCCAAGUGCAAUGAGAGUGUUAUUGUCGAAAUUACCCCGACCGUGGAUAGUCGAUGAGAAAAAGGACGAUGGGUACACAGCACUUCACCUGGCAGCUCUCAAUAAUCACGUGGAGGUGGCGGAGCAAUUAGCUCGAGCUGGCAAAGCCGACUUGGACUUGCAAAACGUCAACUUGCAAACGGCCCUGCACUUGGCCGUGGAACGUCAACACACACAAAUCGUCAAGCUUCUUGUACGAGAGGGUGCAAAUUUAAAUGUUGCCGACAAAGAUGGUGAUACUCCCCUUCAUGAAGCGUUGCGUCAUCACACACUCUCACAACUACGUCAACUCCAGGAUGUUCAGGAUGUUGGUCGACUUUUAAUGGGUUUGGGUGCUCAAGGUCAGGAUAAGAAAAGCAGUUCCUUCAUUGCCUGCUUCCUUGCAGCUCACGGCGCAGAUUUGGAACUCAAAAAUAAGAAAGGACAGACUCCCCUUGAUCUCUGUCCGGAUCCAAAUCUUUGUAAAACUCUCACCACGUGUUACAAAGAUACCGAAUCCCAUGACAUCGAACCUGUAAGUACAUCAGCAACGAUUGACGAGUGUCUGGUGUGUUCGGAUGGAAAGCGAGAAGUUCUUUUUGGUCCAUGUGGACACGUCGCUUGCUGUAACGCAUGUGCUCCAAGAGUGAAGAAGUGUUUGAUCUGCCGAGAGAACGUCAUGUCCAGAGGAAAAAUUGAAGAAUGUGUAGUGUGUUCGGAUCGUAAAGCGGGUGUCCUAUUUCGUCCUUGCGGUCACAUGUGUGCCUGUGAUGCCUGCGCUGCCUUAAUGAAGAAAUGCGUUCAAUGCCGAGCUCAUAUUCAACAUAUGGUACCGAUGUCAGUUUGUUGUGGUGGUGGAGGUGACGUCACGUACGUGAAAGGGUGCAAUACUACUGCAGCAGGUUCUUUGACUGACGUGAAAGAUGACGAAGAAGAAGAACCAGCUCCAACAAAUACCAGUGGUGGUGAAACUAUCUUAAUGAACAACGGAAGUCGAGAUACUUCACACAGUGAUAUACAAAAACUGCAACAACAGCUGCAAGAUAUCAAAGAACAGACAAUGUGUCCCGUUUGCUUAGACCGUUUAAAGAACAUGAUCUUUCUUUGUGGACAUGGAACGUGUCAAAUGUGCGGAGAUCGCAUGUCCGAAUGUCCAAUUUGUCGCAAAGCCGUAGACAAACGAAUUUUACUUUAUUAAAUUGAUUACUUGUCACAAAGAGAAUUUAAUUAAUGCUAAGCAGUCAAUUUUUUUGUAGAGUGGGGGGGUGGUGAGAAAGAUUUUAAAUUCUCUGUCACUAUGGUAAAAGAAAGGAAAAUUCAAUUAAAGUUGAAGAAAAUUUAACAAACGUUUAAAGAAGAAAAACCCAAAGAUGUGGAGAAAAAUAAUUAUUAUUCAAAACCAACGAAAUUCACGUUAAUAUUCUUUUUUUCCAACGAUCACAUUUUUCCAGCAAAAAGUGAAUUAUUAAUUUAAAUACAAAAAUUGAUUAUUAAAAUUAUUCAAAAUUACAAAAUGAAACGAUUUUUGAAUUUAAUUUUUUAAAUUCAAUUUUUAUUAUUAUUUUUUUUAAUUCUUUGUGAAAACUUUUUUAUCUUCUAAAUAAAUAUCUUCCCACUGCCAGAAAAAAAAACUGCGGAAAAAAACAAGACUGCCGAAUUUAAAUUUUUUUGGAGAAAAAUUAAAAUAAAUAAGUGAGAUUAUCGUAAGUUAUAAUGAAAUUCGAGAAAAGAAACGUACGUCUUGUUUUAUUAUAAGAAUUGGAGCUUUAUACUUCUCGCUUUGAAAACAACUUCUUUAUAUUCGAUGUAAUUUGUACAUUAGUUAUUUAAUUAUUAAUAUUACGCUAUAUAAUUAUUGACUAGAUGAUGAUUAUAAUGAAAUGAUAUUUCAAUUAUUAUUAUUAUUAUUAUUAUUGAAAUUAAAAAGCCAUCUGCGAUGGAAUUGGGCUGCGAGUAAGAAUCUCUUCCGUGUUUGUAACGGAAGCUAGAGAUCUCUAACUUUUUAUAUAUAUAUAUAAUCUUCCAAUAUGAAAAUGGAAAAAUUUUUUUAAGCAAAUUCAAUUGUUAUCGACUGCAAAUUAGUGAAUUUUUCAAUUUAGAUUUUCUUUAGUGAAAUAAAUAAUAAAUGUCAUUAAAUUAUAUAUGACAAAUCGUUAAUAAGUAAUCGUUUUUAAAUUUGUUAUAUUAGUAGACAUUUCUUUCAUAUAGAACAUUUACUUGUGUUAAUGUAUGAAAAUGUUUAGCAAAAAAAUAUAGAUCUAGAGUCGAUCAAUUAAAAUUCUAUUAUAAAUAAUUUUUCAUUGUCUCGCUCUAUGACUUUUUUUUAAAAAAUCAACUUUCUAAUAUACAAACAAUUAGACAAUGCAAUCUCAAAUAUUUUGUAGGAUUUUAAAGAAUUUUACAAAUGAAUUAUUAGUAAUUUAUAGACUGCAAUUGAACAAUCUUUUUUUAUUUUUUUAAAUCAAAAUUUGAUAUUUUUUUCAACGAAUAUAAUUUCGUAACUAUUCCAGUUAAUUUGAUUUCACAUUUUUUUAUAAAUUGAUAUUAAUUUUUUUGUUUUUAAGUUAAGUUCUUUUGAUGUAUAUUCACGAUGAAAAUUGUUCAGACUUUUG